CAAUUACAAAAAGUUUGCAAAAGAUGAAAUGAUGAAUAAGGUAUGAAAAUUUAUUUGACAAAUAUUAUCAAGAAUUUGGAACAUUAUAGAACUGAUGAAUAGGUAUAUGGUUUCAGUAUUUUCGAAAGUUUAAUUAUGGAAUAUAAAAUCAGUAAUAUAUCUGUUUGGGAACGUUAUAAUGAUAGUGAUCUUUUAUUAUUUAAAACAUUUGCACCACAUUUAACUAUAGUAGAAAGAGCAAAUUUUCCAUUAUGGGCUAUACUUGGUUUUCCUGGAAGUAUAUUCAGUAUUAUUGUAUGGAGUAGUCGUCCAAUGAGACGUGGUGGUAGUGCAGCUGCUGCAGUUUAUCAAGCUAGUCUUGGUGUUGUGGAUUUAUGUUUUUUUAUUAUACAUUUAAAUUGGUAUUUACAUGUGGCAUGGCAACUCGGUGUACUUGAUCAUCCGGUAAUUUGUGAAACAUUCCCUGUUAUAAAUUAUUUAAUACAAUAUCUAAGUCCUACAUUGGCGUUUACAUUCACAUUAGAAAGAUAUUUAGCAAUAUGUCAUCCAUUCCGUUCACAAAGAAGUGUAAUGCGUUCCACAGUAAAAAGUGCUUUUAAAUUUAUUGCAAUUAUGUUUGUAUUUUGUUUGAUUACAGCUAGUGUUCAAGCAUUUGUAUAUGCUUAUAAUAAUGGUGUAUGCACUACUAGACCAUCAGUUGAAGAUCCUAAUUCUAUUGGAUUUAGUUUAUAUACGAAUUGGACUUUUAUCACAGAAUCACUAUAUUUUUUCUGUUUACCAAUUACUUGUCUUGUAUUAAAUAUAUUAGUCAUUGGAGUAUUACGACAAAGUAUUAAAUCAAAACGAAAUACUUUAAUUGUAACAACAGUAAAUGGCAAUUCAAACAUAAACUGUGAUCGUAAUCAAACUUCACAACCGAUAAGUAAAGGAGCACGUUCAAGUACAUUGACAUUGUUAUGUACAUCAUUUUAUCUUAUUAUUGCACAUCUAUCUGUAGCAAUAGCCGUAGUAAUUCAUAAACGUUUACCAACUGGUAAUGAAUAUUUAAGUGAUGAACAAAUACGUAAUGAUCCUGGUUGGACAACUUAUUUUCGUUUCUUUACAGUGCGUGUAUUGAUCGAAUGUUUUGCGAUGACACAUUAUGCAGCUAAAUUUCCAAUUUAUUUAGCAACAAGUAAACAAUUUCGUCAUGAAUUUUGUCGAAUAUUUCAAUGUUGUUGCAGAAAUCAAUCUUAUUUAUCACGAGAUACUGAUGCAGAUAUGGAUCAAAGUACACACUUACAAAAUGGUAAACGUUCAACAUACAUGUCUAACAGUAAACAUUCGUUAAACACUGUAUGUAAAACAAGUUUUACACAAAAGAAACUAAGGAAUUCUGCUGUAUCAUUCUCUUCCACAAAUGAAAAUUUGUUACCUACAAAAAUUCGAAGACGUCCAUCGCCUGGUCUAAGUCGUACCGUUCUAGGUGUAGACGGACAACGUGUGAAAGUUAAAUCAAAUAUUUCAUUAAGUGUUUAAUAAAUCCAAGAAAUGAAAUCAAUAUUAUUAUCUACGUCAUAUGAACAAACCUCCCACCCCCGAAAAAACACUAUCAAGUAUUCAAAUAUGUCCACUUUUAAGUAUGACAAAACUACUCAUUUCAGUUUCGACGGUGUAUACUUUUUUUUUAUACCUUAUACCAAGCACAAUAAAUGUAUGGAUGAAUAUUUAUUAUUUUUAUAAUCAAUGUAAAAUGUCACAAACAUUAUCUCUUUAAUAUAAACAAUUUAUUAAUCCAAAAAAGAAAUGUUUGUUUGUUUUUUCUAUGCAUUUGACAAAAAAGUUCAAUGAUCUAUAGAUACUCUAUAUCUGUUCAUUGGAAACAUUACCAUUAUAUUCAUAUGAAUGACAAUCAUUUCAUUUUGAUAUCUGAAUAUAUCUGAAGUUUAAUAAUGAGUAAUUAUGAUACACAGUUCUAUUUAGGAACUUAUUUACAGUAAAUUAUUAUGUAAUGAACUGUAUUGUAAUGUUAACAACAGAAAAUGUAUAAAUGAGUCAUAGUAAUAAUAAUUUUUCUUUCUAAUAAUAUAUCCAUAGUAUAUAAAUAAAUAUAUCAGAAGGGAUUUUUUUGGAUAUUAUGGUUGAGAUCAUGAG